AUGAAACCCUCUUCGUCAACGAAGCUUCUUCUUUUUCUUCUUCUACUCUGCACCUUCUCAUUCGUUUUCUCCCAGGAUUCCAAGAAGAAUACGUUCCGGGAACGUGAAGCCUCCGAUGAUGCCCUUGGAUACCCUGAAAUAGACGAGGAUGCUUUGGUGAAUUCAAAAUGUCCUUUGAAUUUAGAGCUUAGAUGGCAAACGGAAGUUAGUUCCAGCAUCUAUGCAAACCCCUUGAUUGCUGAUAUUAACAGUGAUGGGAAGCUUGAAAUAGUGAUUCCAUCGUUUGUGCACUAUCUUGAAGUUCUAGAAGGUACCGACGGGGACAAAAUGCCAGGCUGGCCUGCUUUCCAUCAAUCAACUGUGCAUUCUAGUCCACUUCUAUAUGACAUAGACAAAGAUGGGGUGAGAGAAAUUGCUUUGGCAACCUACAAUGGUGAAGUGCUAUUUUUCAGGGCUUCCGGUUAUAUCAUGUCAGAAAAGCUUGAGGUCCCACGUAGGAAAGUGCUUAAAAAUUGGUAUGUGGGUUUGAAUGCUGAUCCAGCGGACCGCACCCAUCCAGAUGUUCACGAUGAGCAACUUGUCCAUGAAGCCACUAUUGCAAAAUCAACGUCCGAAACAAAUGGAAGCAAACACGAAGUCAAUUCCUCAGCUGCCACAUCAACAGAAAGUCACCCUGACACAAAAAGUGUGUCUAAUCCCGAGCCUGAAAAUAAAAUAAAUGGAAGCCAAUCAGAGGAGAGUAUUAAGAUGCCAACAAUUACUGAUAAUUCAAAUGUGAAUACUAGUUCUGUGGGGACUGUCAGUGCAGAUAAUUCAACUGUGAAUGCUGGUUCUGUGGAGACUGUCAGUGCAGAUAAUUCAACCGUGAAUGCUGGUUCUGUGGAGACUGUCAGUGCAGAUAAUUCAACUGUGAAUGCUGGUUCUGUGGUGACUGUCAGUGCAGAUAAUAAAACCAGCACUGGGAGGCGUCUGCUGGAAGAUAACAACGUAAAAGGAGCUGAGCAAAGUGAUUCUGAAUCCAAAGGUAACGAAGGCGUUCAUGCCGCAACUGUGGAAAAUGAGGAAGGACUGGAAGCAGAUGCUGAUUCGUCUUUCGAAUUAUUCCGCAAUAGUGAUGAGUUGGCCGAUGAGUACAGCUACGAUUAUGAUGAUUAUGUUGAUGAAUCGCUGUGGGGUGAUGAAGAAUGGACUGAAGUGAAACAUGAGAAAUUAGAGGAUUACGUGAAUGUUGACUCACACAUCUUGUGCACUCCGGUCAUUGCAGAUAUUGACAAUGACGGUGUAAUGGAAAUGGUUGUUGGUGUUUCUUAUUUCUUUGACCAUGAGUAUUAUGACAACCAGGAGCAUAAGAAAGAACUGGGUGACAUUGACAUUGGGAAAUAUGUUGCCGGUGGUAUUGUUGUUUUUGAUCUGGAUACAAAACAAGUUAAGUGGACUGCAGAGCUUGAUAUGAGUACAGAUACAGCAAACUUCCGAGCAUUCAUAUAUUCUUCUCCUACUGUUGUAGAUUUGGAUGGUGAUGGGUAUCUAGACAUUCUUGUUGGAACUUCUUAUGGCCUAUUCUAUGUGUUAGAUCAUCAUGGUAAAAUUAGAGAAAAGUUCCCUCUUGAAAUGGCCGAGAUUCAAGGAGGUGUUGUUGCAGCUGAUGUUAAUGAUGAUGGGAAAAUUGAGCUAGUUACAGCUGAUACACAUGGAAAUGUUGUUGUAUGGACCCCCAAAGGAGAUUUGAUAUGGGAAAAGCAUCUGAAGAGUCUUAUUCCACAUGCUCCAACUAUUGGUGAUAUCGAUGGGGAUGGCCACACUGAGCUUGUUGUGCCAACACUAUCUGGGAAGAUUCACGUUCUUGAUGGAAGGGAUGGAUCAUCUAUUGGACGGUAUCCAUUUAUAACUCACGGAAGAGUGAUGAAUCAAGUUCUUCUAGUUGAUUUAAGUAAACAGAAGGAAAAGAAGAAGGGGUUGACUAUUGUUACUGCUUCAUUUGAUGGUUAUUUGUACCUCAUUGAUGGACCUACAGGCUGUGCUGAUGUUGUUGACAUUGGUGAAACUUCAUAUAGCAUGAUUUUGGCAGACAAUGUAGAUGGGGGGGAUGAUCUUGAUCUGAUUGUCUCAACAAUGAAUGGCAAUGUCUUCUGCUUCUCAACUCCCUCUCCUCACCAUCCCCUCAAGGCAUGGAGAUUGCCUAACCAAGGAAGAAAUAAUGUUGCAAGUCGAUACGGUCGUCAAGGCAUCUACGUUACUCAUCCUUCUAGGGCAUUCCGUGAUGAGGAAGGCAAGAGCUUUUGGGUGGAAAUUGAAAUUGUAGAUAAUUACAGAUACCCAUCUGGUCAUCAAGGACCAUACUAUGUCACUACAACCUUGCUUGUCCCUGGUAAUUACCAAGGAGAUAGAACAAUAAAGCAGAACCAGACCUAUUCUCAACCUGGUAAAUAUCGAGUUAAGCUGCCAACUGUGGGAGUAAGGACCACAGGAACAGUUUUAGUUGAGAUGGUGGACAAAAACGGACUAUAUUUCUCCGACGAAUUCUCACUUACAUUCCACAUGUACUACUAUAAAUUGUUGAAAUGGCUUCUUGUUCUUCCAAUGCUUGGGAUGUUUGGUGUGCUUGUCAUCCUUCGUCCACAAGGUGCAGUGCCAUUGCCAUCAUUUUCAAGGAACAAUGAUUAA